UUUAACAAACCCAACAACAAGAGGCUUAGCUGAGGCUUCUCUAUCACCAGUGUUUUUUUAGUGGAAUAUCAAAUAUUUAUUUUGAGAGUGUACUGAAUAAAAUGACUUAGAAGACAAUGUUUUUCAAACUAUGAUUCUACCAAGAAGUGAUAAUGAUCAUCAACACUUGCAACACAAAUGUUUGUAAAUUCUUUCUUCAAGGUCACUCUUGCAUUCAGAGCUGGUCUGAGGCGGAGCUUCACUACCUUGUCUUCCCAUUGUCUUCAUCUGCUGCCUCAGUCGAGCAUCCCAGGCAGUGUGUCGAAGGUUUGGUUAUUCUUGCACUUGCACUGUGACCUAACUAGGUGGCUACAUGUUGCCACAUGCUACUCCUACAUUGAAAAGGAUCGAAUUGACAGUAAGAUGGUUCGUGUUCUUAAUGUGGCUGAAAAGAAUGAUGCAGCAAAAAAUUUGGCUGAAAUUAUGUCCAGAGGAGGCUACAGUAGGAGAGAUGGCUAUAGUGUGUACAACAAGAUUUAUGAGUUUAACCUGAUGCUAAAUGGUCAGCAGUGCCACAUGGUGAUGACGUCAGUGUCUGGCCACUUACUCAGCCAUGAGUUCACAGGCAACUACCGCAAGUGGUUAGGGUGCAAUCCACUCCAACUUUUUGAUGCUCCAGUAGUUAAGGGCUGCAUACAGAACAUGGACCCCAUAAAACGCACCCUUGAGAAGGAAGCUCGAGCUGCAUCACGUCUCAUUAUCUGGACCGAUUGUGAUCGCGAAGGAGAAAAUAUUGGCUUUGAAAUAAGUGAAGUGUGUCAGGCAGUUAAGCCAUCACUGGUGGUACAGAGAGCCAAAUUUUCUGAGAUUACAUUCAUGUCUGUGCAGCGAGCAUUGCAUAAUCUUGCAACUCCAGACAAGCUACAGAGUGAUGCUGUUGAUGUGCGAUCUGAACUGGAUUUGAGGAUAGGUGCUGCAUUCACCAGGUUUCAGACAUUACGAUUACAGAAGGUGUUUCCGCAGGCAUUGGCUGAGACACUCAUUAGUUAUGGCUCGUGUCAGUUCCCAACUCUGGGUUUUGUGGUUGAGCGAUACAAAGCCAUUCAGCAGUUUAUUCCUGAGCAGUUUUGGAAAAUUAAAGUCACACAUGCUGGAGAAGAAGGUGUUAUUGAGUUUUCUUGGCGGCGUGUACGGCUGUUUGACCAAGCAGUGUGUACAGUGUUGUUUGAAAUGUGUGAAGAUAAUCCACAAGCACGAGUCACAAAAGUGAUCACUAAGAACAAGAGCAAGUGGCGGCCUCUGCCCCUGGAUACUGUGGAACUUGAGAAAUUAGCAUCACGCAGAUUCCACAUCAGUGCUAAGGAAACUAUGAAAAUUGCAGAAAAGCUGUACACACAGGGUUACAUAAGUUACCCUCGAACGGAAACUAACAUUUUUCCCAAAGAGCUUGAUCUUCUUCCGCUGGUGGAGAUGCAGACUCAAGAUCAAAACUGGGGAGGCUUUGCUGCUGGUGUGCUGGAGGAUGGUCCCAACCCUCGCAAGGGAAAGAAGUCAGAUCAAGCACAUCCUCCCAUUCAUCCAACCAAAUACACCAGUGACCUGCAUGGCAAUGAUCAGAAGAUCUAUGAGUUUAUUGUGAGGCGCUUCUUGGCGUGCCUCAGCAAAGAUGCCAAGGGCCUGGAAACUAUCGUUGAUAUUGAAAUUGCUGGAGAAGAAUUUACUACAGGUGGUCUCAUCAUCCUGGAACGCAACUACUUAGAUGUAUAUCCUUACGAUCGUUGGAGUGACAAGGUGAUGCCACAGUAUGAGGAAGGCCAGGUGUUUGACCCGACCUCGCUGGAAAUUGUCGAUGGUGAAACUUCACCUCCUCCUCUUCUGACUGAAGCAGAUCUUAUUGCUCUUAUGGAGAAACACGGCAUUGGAACGGAUGCUACUCAUGCAGAUCACAUAGAGACUAUUAAGUCACGAAUGUACGUUGGGCUGCAAGACACGAGAUUUGUGCCAGGCCAGCUUGGUAUGGGCUUAGUGGAAGGCUAUGAUUCUAUGGGCUUCCAUAUGUCAAAGCCCAAUUUGCGAGCAGAAUUAGAAGCAGACCUAAAAAGAAUAUGUGAUGGAACUAAAGAUCCACAGUUGGUUUUGCACGAGCAAAUUGGAAAAUACCGCCAUGUCUUCGAGGAAGCUUUACGGCAGGCUAGUAAAAUAGAUGCAGCUCUGGCUCAGUUCCUUAACGAGGAACCACAGCAUCCAUCUGUGGACAAUCCCAUCCCAGACAUCCCACAGUUUACUCCGGUGUGUAAGUGUUCCUCUUGUGGAUGUGAUGUUGUGGUGAAGCAAAAGCGUAACAGUGGCUACUACUUGUCAUGCCAGAACUUUCCACAGUGUCGCUGUGUGUUGUGGCUGCCUGAGUCUAUAAUUGGUGUUACCGUGUGUGAGCAGUCAUGCACUCGGUGUAAUGGUUCACCCAAGAAACUUAAACUGAAGUUCCAGCCUCGAUCUUAUUUGCCGUUUCUUCCUGAUGAAUACGAGACGUGUUUAGGGGGUUGUGACCAGCACAUCCUUCAAACACUUGACAUCACAGCCAUAACGUUCUCAGGCCAAGGUGGAGAACAUCCAGUGGCUGGGAGACCAUCAGCAGUUGGAGGGCAGCUAGUGGCUAGGAGACCAUCAGCAGUUGGAGGGCAGCCAGUGGCUGGGAGACCAUCAGCAGUUGGAGGGCAGCCAGUGGCUGGGAGACCAUCAGCAGGUGGAGGACAGCCAGUGGCUGGGAGACCAUCAGCAAGUGGAGGGCAGUCAGUGGCUAGGAGACCUUCAGCUUCUUUAUCAAACAGUGGCUACUCCUCUACAAACUUCUCCACUAUUAAUAACUCCAAUCAGUGGAGAAUUGGCUUUGGUCAGCAAAGAGGCAACAGUCCCAAUAUAAAUUCAAGCAGAACUGCAAAUACUCUUAACAAUACUAGUAACAGUAGUAAUGGAGGCCAGGGAGGAGCACACUCUAACUCUUUUAUUGACAGUAGUGGCACUAGUGCCUUGGACUCUGGUUUUACAUCUUUUGGUGUUUCACAGUCUCUGUCUCAUUUACCAUGGAAUGGUAAUAAGAGUGAAGAUCAGGCAAAUGCCAUUGUUUGCAACUGUAAUGAGGAUGCUAUCAUCCUCACUGUUCGGAAGGAGGGUCCUAAUAAGGGUCGACAGUUUUACAAAUGUCCCAAGAUGCAGGGUCAGGGAUGUAACUUCUUCCUUUGGGCUGAUUGUGGAGGCAACACUGGAAGCAGAGAGAACAACGACAGAAAUAACGAAGGAGGUGGAGAAGGAAGUGGUAGCAACAAAGGCACAGGCAGAGGUUUUAAUAGCAACAAUGCAUGGGAUGAUGGUGUUAUUGUUUGUAAGUGUACCAUCCCAGCCAAGAGAUUAACAGUGCAGAAGGAAGGUCCCAACAAGGGCCGGGAGUUCUAUGUGUGCAGCAAGGAUCGCAGUGAGCAGUGCCACUUCUUUAAGUGGGCAGAUGAGUUAUCUCAGAGUGAAAGAGGUGAUGGUGGACUCAACACUUGGAGUAAUGAUUUACGUUUCAAUCCUGUGAGUGGACAUGGCUAUGAAGGAAAUACUGGAGGAACUAAACGCAAGGCUGCAGAAGGCAACAAACCAAAGAAAAGGAAGUGUGGAGUGUGUGGGGAAGAAGGACACAAUCGUACAACUUGCCCUCAGAAUGCAUAUUAAAUCUGAAUUGUUUGAAGAACAAUAUCACUGAGCUUGGGGUAUUGUGGAACUUACUCCAGUUCAUUAUUCACUAAUAAAAGAAAUAUUUAGUGAAAGAAGAAAUAUUCAGUCAUAGAAAAAAUAUUAUUCAGUCAGAGGAGAAACUUUAUUCAGUGAGAAGAAAUAUAAUCUUGUGAAAGGAAGAAAUAUUGGAUAUUUAUCCUGCCUAGUAAAAAUUUAUUUUUUAAAUUUUUUUGUUUUUGAAAUUAUGAAUUUUAUCAAGUGAGAUGUGUGUUGAGGUGGCUUAGAGUGAUGCUGAUGCUCUACAUGGUACUGUGUUACUAGAGUGUUCAUGUUAUGCACUCUCUUAAUAUAAUUACUACCAAUCUUAUAAGAAACAUGUGGCAGCCACACACUAAUGAUGU